AUGUUAACAUCCUUACUUGUGAGUGAAAUUAUCAGCAUUAGAGUCUCUUUCAUUGUUGUCUUCUUUUUCUUCUUCAUUGUCUUCAUCGGCAUCCUUGCCGUCCUCUUCUUUCUCUAUUCGUCUUCCUCUUUGUUUAGUUUCUUAUUUCUGUUGUUACUUUUUAUUACUGUCGGCAGGAUCUUUUAUUAUUUAUUCUUACCUUUCUGUUCACACCUUUUUUCUUUUUUCUGUCUUUCUUUUUUUAAUCAUUAUUCUUUUCGAUUUUCAUCAUUUUCUUCUUUCUAUUUUCUUUAUAUUUCAUUCAACAUCUUUUAUUCUCUUUCAUUUAUUUCAUUCCUCUUCCCUCUUCUUUUUUUGCACCUUCUCUUUUUUCUUCAUUUUUAUUCUACCGUUUCUUUUCACGUCUUCUUCAUUACCUUAUUGUGUUUUGUUUUUGUCCUUCUUCUUCUUCUUCUUCUUCUUUUUCUCUUCCUCCUCCUCCUCCUUCUUCACCUCCUCUUUCUUCUUCUUCUUUUUCUUUUGCUACUACUACUACUAAUACUUCUAUUUCUUCUUCCUGUUUAUUUGCUUACUUCAUCUUUUUCUUCUUUUAGUCCUCUUCCCUCUUCUUUUUUUGCACCUUCUCUUUUUUCUUCAUUUUUAUUCUACCGUUUCUUUUCACGUCUUCUUCAUUACCUUAUUGUGUUUUGUUUUUGUCCUUCUUCUUCUUCUUCUUCUUCUUCUCUUCCUCCUCCUCCUCCCCUCCUCUUCCUCCUUCUUCUCCUCCUCCUCUUUCUUCUUCUUCUUUUUCUUUUGCUACUACUACUACUAAUACUUCUAUUUCUUCUUCCUGUUUAUUUGCUUUCUUCUUCUUUUUCUUCUUUUAGUCCUCUUCCCUCUUCUUUUUUUUUUUUUGUUUUCUUCUCUUUCUUCUUCUUCAUUUUUAUUCUACCGAUUCUUGGCACGUAUUCUUCUUCUUCCCUCUUUACUUUCCCUUCUAUUCUAUCGAUUCUUUCAACGCCUUCUUCAUUCCUUUGUCCUUGUUUUUCUUCUUCUUGUUCUUCUUCUUCUUCAUUUGCUACUACUACUACCACUACUAUUUCUUCUUGUUUAUUUGCCUUCUAUUGUACCGAUACUUCUUCUUCUUUUAGCCUUCUUCUUCUUCUUUUUCACCUUCUCUUUCUUCUAGAUCAUUUUUUCUUCUUGUUAUUCUUUUCCUUUUUCUUCUUCUUCUUCAUGGUUUUCCGAUUCUUUCAUCUUUUCUUCUUCUUCUUCUUCUUCUUCUUCUUCUUCUUCUUCUUCUUCUUCUUCUUUAUUGUUUCCUUUCCUUUCUAUUCUAACGAUUCUUCCUCAUCUUAUUAUUGUUCUUGUUCUUUUUUCAUAUUCCUCAUGUCCCCUUCUUCUUCUACUUCCUCUUCUUCCUGGUCUUCUUCAUUUUCCACCAACUCAUUUCACGCCUUCUUUUUAUUCUUAUUACCCUCCUUAACCUUCUUCUUUAAGGUUUUUCUAUAUUUCCCUUCCCUUCUAUGUUACCGAUUCUUAACAUGUCUUCUUCACCUUCUUCCCCUCCUCCGCAUCGCUUUUUUUCACCUCUUGCAUCUCCUCGGCUUUCUUUUCCUUCCCCCUCCUCUUUCUUCAUCUUAUGUUUUCAUACUUAUUCUUCGUCCUAUAUUUCGCCUUAUCUCUUCUUUUCGUCUAUGCCAUUACUCUCCCUCUUUUUUUUUUCCUUUUUUUUUCUCUUUCAUGGGUAUUACCGCCAUUGUUUUACUUCUUCAUCUUUUCCUUCAUUUUUCUUCUCUUUCAUCGUCAUUGUCGUUAGUCUUUCCUUUGUCAAGUUUUCCAUCCUUUUCUUUACAGUCACUAUUUUCAACAUUCUUUAAUUCUCUGUGUUUUCUUUCUUCUUUUUAUAAUUUUUAUCAUUCAUUGUCGUUCAUAAUGCUCGUUUUACUCUUUCUCUUUUCCUUCUUUUUCUUUUUCAAAUUCCUUCAGCAUAAUCGUUAUUCACAUCGUUUCGUAUAA